AGCUUGGCUCCCUCCCUGCUCAGGAGAGCCGUGUGCUACCAGCAGCAGCGUUUACCUUGUGAGCCUGCCAGGUGUGCUGGCUCAUCUGCUGCUUGCAGGGGGGCAGAGCAGCUCUGCAGCUUCUCUUUUUGUGGCUGAAUCCUGUUGAGACCCCAGGGGCAGGCAGGGCAGGCGGUGUGGGCUCAGCAGAGUGAUGGGUGCUCUGCUCCCCAUCCCAGUGCUGCUGCUGCUGCUCUGUGCUGUGCUGGGCACCCUGGGCUCUGGUGGCCAGGAGCCCCUGGCCGGGCACAGGCCGCCCCAGCCCCGCCACUGCGCCCUGUCCUCCUGGUCCAGCUGGAGCCCCUGUGACCCCUGCCACGGCAAGAGGUACAGGUUUGCCCGCCUGGAACAACCCUCUCAGUUCAGAGGAGAUCCCUGUGAUGACUCUGACAGAGAAGCUGAGGACUGUGUCCCAAGCAGUCCUUGCAGGAGCAGAGUUAGGUGUGAUGGCUUUGUGUGUGCAGUCACAGGGAGAUGCAUUGCACGGAGGCUGCUCUGCAAUGGGGAUGACGACUGUGGGGACCAGUCAGAUGAGAAAAACUGCAAAAAAGUGUUCAGGAAAUGUGACCAGAAGAUGGAAGAGUACUGGGGAAUAGAGAAUCUGGCAAAAGGGUUGAAUAUCUUCACAAACAGCUUGGAGGGGUUGGUCCUUGAUCACAGGUACUAUGCUGGGGCAUGUUCUCCCCAUUACAUCACAGACACCAGGUUCAGGAAGCCCUACAACGUAGAGAGCUACACACCAGAGACCAAAGGCAAAUAUGAAUUUACAAUGACUGAAUAUGACUCCUACUCAAAUUAUGAAAGCAGUGUCCUGAAGGCAAAAGCUUCUCAGACAAGCUUCGGCAUCGGUAUAAAAAUACCAAAAGUGUUUGAACUUGGUUACAGUUCGAAUGACAUGAGGUUCAAGAAGUUCAUGCAGAGGAUGAAAAGAUUUUCUUCCAGUUCCAGCAAGUUCCUGCACGCCCGCUCUGAGCUGGCUGUUGGCGUUUACAAGCUGAAGCCCCGAGCCCUGAUGCUGCACCACGAGUUCCUGCAGCGGCUGCGGCGGCUGCCCCGAGAUUACAGCUACGGGGAGUACCGGGAGCUGCUCAGGGAUUUUGGGACACACUUCAUCAGGGAGGCCACUCUUGGAGGCAUCUACGAGUACACUCUGGUCCUGAACAGCAACGAGCUGCGCAAGGCAGGUUUUUCUCUGAGUGAUGUCCAGAAAUGUGCACAGAAGGGCUUUAACAUUGGUGUGAAUCUUGUUAAAGUCUCUGUGGGGCUUGGAGUAGAUACAGCUGGCUGUAAAGCCCUUUUGAAAGAGAUUGGAGACAGCACUGCCAGGAAGGAGCUGGUGGAGGAUUUUGUGGCGCUGGUGCGCGGCGGGGCGAGCGAGGACAUCGCCCGGCUGGCGCACAGGGAGCUGCCCACAGCCCAGCUCCUGCAGCGCUGGGGAGAGGCUGUGGAAUACAACCCUGACAUCAUCAACCUCAAGGCAGAGCCACUGCACGAGCUGGUGACUCCCUCUGACGUGGCUGAUGCCAUGAAAAUCAGGGAGAAUCUGCGCCGGGCUCUGGAGGAGUUCCAGCUGGAGAGCAGCUCCUGUCGCUGUGCCCCCUGCCUCGGGAAUGGCAUCCCCUUCCUCACAGGAACAGAGUGUGAGUGCCUGUGUCCCCUGGGCUACCGUGGCUCUGCCUGUGAGAUCAGCAGCAGGAAAGAUGCUGCUAUUAAUGGAAACUGGGGGUGCUGGGCCAGCUGGUCCCCGUGCUCAGGAGGUCAGAGGACAAGAAGGAGACAGUGCAACAACCCUGCCCCACAGAAUGGUGGCUCCUCGUGCUCAGGGCCAGACUCUGAGACAGUUCCCUGCUAGAGGGAAUCCCUGGGAGCUCCCACAGAGCUGAUGGGCACUUGGCAGACUGCUUGGGAAGACAUCACCUCACUGGAUUUCUGAGCUGGCCUCGCUCUGCCUGUGGGUCUCAUCCAAAUCAGAAACAUUUCAGCAGACCCUGGGAGCUGGGAGGGUGUUGGGAGCCCCACCUUUGGAUGUGCAGCUGUCCCAUGGGAUUGAAUGUGCUCCCUGACCUCAAUGUUUUGCCUUUUCCCUGUCUUUCCUGCAAUGGGCUGAAUGAGACAAGCUUUAUCUCUGUCUGCAUUUGGUAGCUGCGUGAUUUCAAAUUGUGCUGCCUUGUUGUUUAAGGUUCCUUUGAGAUAAGAAGAGACACUUUGAUCUUAGGUGCAGCAGGAUGUGCACUGAUGCACAGCUUCUGUGAAGGCAGCUGUGUCAUGUGGAGCAAAAUCCAGCACAUUAAACCUAAAUCUCAAUGAGCACAACAGUAUCUAACGUGACAUUUGGAGCCACAGUGCCUCACUACCCUGCUUUCCCAAUUUAUUGUAUUGUUUCCACCCCUGCCAUGGGCAGGGACACCUUCCACCAGCCCAGGCUGCUCCAAGCCCUGUCCAGCCUGGCCUUGGACACUGCCAGGGAUGGGGCAGCCCUGGGACAAAUGGAACAUUUGGGAAAAGCUGCCUGCACAUCCCCUGAGCUCUUCUGCCCUUAGUAGCUGUGUUUGCCCCAGACCAGCUCUGGUUAAUAAAUCUGACCCCAUGAAAUCCAAAACUCCAGCUGCUGCUGGGUCCACCCAGGGUGGGACAUCUUUAGAGAGAGUCCACUGUGGAAAGAGAGGAAUUGGUUUGCCUGUUAUUUCCAUCCCUGGAGCUGUGCAUCACAGCCCAGGUCCAACAGCAGAGGAACUGUAAAACACCAUUUCAUGAGCCUGCAUCCUUCCAGGGCCUUGCCUCCCACAGCUGUGGUGGUGGUAAAUGGUUCUGGCAAACACAUUUGGUUGGGUGUGCUGCAGAAUAACCAGUGACAGCUUUGCUGCAAAAGGCAAUUCCACCAGUGAAAGUUGCUCAUGAGUGUUGAGAGUCUGCUAACAGCUGCAAGGUCAAACUCUUCUUCUGAGGGUGUUUCAGCAGAGCUGGUGAUGGUGGGCUGGUAUUGCCUGCUGCUUUCCUUUCAGACUGAUGCUGUCUGAAUGUAAUUCCUGUGGCUCCCUGACACCUGAACAAUGCAUUUAGCUGUGGCCCUCGUGCCGCCUCCACACUUACCGACAGGGCUCCUGUGACAGCUUUAAGAAAGGCAGAGCACAUUGCAUAUGUAAAACAAGAGGGCUCUGUGCUCAUUAUGGGCUUCAUCAUUUAGCUGACAGCCCAAAACAUUUCCCUUUUCCACUGUGUAGCUGCAAUGUCUUUUGUGUGAUGGAAAUUCGCCAAUUCCGGAUUCUUUCCGGCUCGUGGUCAAAGAGGUCACUGCUUGUGAGAAGUAGGAUAUUCCUCCAAGUUUUUUGCAGGGGUUCUGUAGAAGCUCUGGAGGGAAGGGCCCUGAGCAUGGUUCACCUCUGAGGACACAAACUGCAGUGUCAUUGCCUGCCCUUCUUGAGAAUCAUCGGUGUAAUCUGAUUAAGGACAUUUCUCAGAUGAGUCAAGUGGCUUUUGUAAAUGUAACCACCUUUCCUGCUCAUCAAGCUGGUUAAACACACAGCAGUGGUGCCUCUCUUCACUGCUGUGGCAAGGACAGCCAAGUGUAGUGACCUGACUUGAGACUGACAUUCCCAAACCAGAAAAUGCAGAUUUUUGAAGUGGUGACAGUACCUGAGUUUGUAUAUUUGAGUUGUUUUUUUUGGAGGAAGAGAGGUUUGACAGUCAUCAAGAUCAUCAGCAUAGUCUGACUGAAGUAUGAGUUCAGCAGUGGCUGAAUAUUCAGCCUGUAGGCUUAGAAGCCUCCCAUAAAGGACAUAACUUUAUCUUGUCCUUGUGAUUCUGUGCUUUGAUUCGCCUAACUAAUGAUUUAUUAUAACCUGGAGGGUAAUAAAAAAUACUAUGCUGAA